AUGUGUGGCUCUGACAUGUUUCUUGCUAUCCUCGCGAUAUUCUUCCCGCCAGUUUCAGUCUGGAUCAAGUUAGGUAUCUGUACAGCCGACUCCAUCAUCAACAUUGCCCUCUGCUGCCUCGGCUACAUCCCUGGUCUUCUUCAUGCCUGGUACAUCAUCCUCAAAUACCCUGAGCCGGACUAUGACGACCCGUCAUACGAACCCGUCCCCAACCGGAGGGGAGAUGUCGAAAACGGACAUGUAACAUACUACUACGUUUCUCACCAGUCUGCUCCAAGCCAGACCCAAAGAGGUUACGGCACUCUCUCCUCGCAACAAGCCUCAGACUCUCAGUCGCAACAACAGAGACAGGCCACUCCUAAACCCCAACAGGAGCAAGGUGCAGCUGGUAGCAGCAGCCAGGGGCAUCACGACGCCCGCCCUCCUCCUACCUACGCAGAAGCCGUCAAGGGCGACAAUAAAGUACAGAACCAUGACUAA